AUGUACGCCGCUCAGAAUAUAACGCCAACAGUUUUGGAUGCCAUGAACGGAAAUGUUUCCGAAUGGUAUAACGAAUGCGACAAUGCCAUUAGAAGGUCAGAAAUAGUUCCUGGAACUUACGAAUAUACAACUGCUGUUUCUUAUGGAAACGUAGGUGAGUUUGGAGAAGGUUCUUCAACAACAGUAGAUAUUGCUUGCGACAGGUUUCAUAUUAUUUCUAUUGACAACUCAUUCUUAUGCGUGGAACAAGACAUUGAAAUAAAACCUUCUGCCAAGUUGUCUGACAAGAAAGGUUGCAAUGGAAUUUUCUAUGUCGGAUACCAAUAUGCUCCAGAAGUUUUCAUGGGAUAUAAGAUAUAUUCUAACUCUGACUUAGUUCAAACAGUAACAUGGGCAAACUAUGAAUGGUUCGCUUUGAGAAACUCAGUACAACCACAAGCUAGAGAACAAACAGACCAGUAUGCCACCAUUGAGAAAAUAAGAAGACUUGACCCUAACGUU